AUGGAUGAAGUAAAUCAUGAUGAAGCUGAAUAUUUUAGAUCAGAAGUAAUUUUGUUACAAUUCUCUGAUGCAAAUUUCAAAUCUCCAAUAUCUCCAACUCUGUUCAUAGAUAUUCAUGAUGAACCAACCACUAAUUCUGGCUCUGAAUCUUACUCAUCAUCAUCACAAAGUGAGCAAGUUGAGCAUCCAAAAGAUGAGUGGCUUCCAUUAACAGAAUCAAGAAAUGGAAAUGUAUAUUAUGCAGUCUUCCAUAUUCUUAAUUCAAACAUUGGAUUUCAAGCUCUCAUGGUUCCUGUUGCCUUUGCUACUCUUGGUUGGGUAUGGGGUAGUGUGUGUUUGUCAAUAGCAUUCAUUUGGCAACUUUAUACAAUAUUUGUCCUAAUUGAGCUUCAUGAAUCUGCCUCUGGAAAACGUCACAGUAGAUACCUCUAUCUUGCUAUGUCUGCCUUUGGUGAAAGGUUAGGAAAAGUAGCAGCACUAUUUCCUGUAAUGUACUUAUCAGGAGGUACUUGUGUAAUACUUAUAAUCACGGGUGGCGGGACAAUGAAGCAAUUAUUCAAGAUUAUUUGCGAAAAUGAUAAUGGAGUUAAGACAUGUAGCACACACUCGCUGAGCGGGGUAGAGUGGUUCCUGGUGUUUACUUGUGCUGCCAUAAUUGUUUCUCAGCUGCCUAAUCUCAAUUCAGUGGCAGUUAUCUCUUUGGUGGGGGUUGUUGCUUCAAUCACAUACUGCACGCUAUUUUGGUCGCUUUCUGUCAAGAAGAGUAGGCCAGAGGAUGUGUCCUACAGUAAUAGAUUGGUUUCACAAGAAUCAAUUGUAGGGAAAAUUAGUGACAUUGUGAAUGCUAUUGGAAUUAUUGUGCUAGCUUUUAGAGGGCACAAUGUUGUGCUAGAAAUACAGGGGACACUUCCUUCAAAUUUCAGAGAAACAUCAAAAGAACCAAUGCGCAGAGGAAUCAUCAUUUCAUAUAUACUUAUUUCCAUGUGUUUCUUUCCCCUCGCAAUUGCCGGAUUUUGGGCAUAUGGAAACAAGAUACCAGAUCGAGGAUUGUUAACGGCAUUCUUACAAUUCCACAAACAACAAGUAACAAAGUUCUUAAUGGGUGCAAUCCAUGUUAUGGUGGUACUUCAUUGUUUGAGUAGCUACCAAGUCUAUGCCAUGCCUGUUUUUGACAACCUAGAACUAAGAUACACAAUCUUAAGGAAUGAAAAAUGCCCACAAUGGUUAAGAACAUGUUUUCGCUUAGUGUUCGGAGGGAUCACAUUUUUUAUAGCGGUCAUGUUCCCUUUCUUGCCAAGCUUUGUACCACUCCUUGGUGGAAUAACACUUGUUCCCGUCACAUAUGCAUACCCAUGUUUCAUGUGGCUAGCUAUUAAGAAACCUUGUACAAAGGGUGCAAUGUGGUGCUUCAACCUUGUGCUUGGUUGCUUAGGGAUGCUUCUUAGUGUUCUUUUGAUGGCUGCUGCUAUAAGGACUUUAGUUGACAAUGGGUUAUAUGCUAAUUUCUUCAAACCUUAA